AUGUCUACACACCCCACUCUCCGGGACGAGUUGGCCAAUCGUCGAGCCAAGAAGAGAGAGCUGGAUCGGCGGGCCCAGCGGGCGGCUCGCGAGAGGAAUCGAGACCGUAUCGCCGCACUCGAGGCUACUGUCGACGCUCUGAAACAGCAAAAGUCCAAUAGCGUCGUCGCUGGGCUGAUGGAACAGUUGAAUGCAGUCACAAAAGAGAGGAACGACUUGGCAAAGACACUGUCCCUGAUUGAGACCACGCUGCAAGUCCACCGAAGUGGAGAGAAGACCAAAACUUCUGCCGAUCCCCAAUCGUCGUCCAGCAGCGGUAGGCAUGAUUGGCCUCCCGAUCAGCCAGUUGGGGGCGUGGUCAUGACAGAGGACACACAAGCGGCUGAGUUAGCCGAGAAUAGUCAGCAUCCAGACAUUUCGAUGCCGUUGACGUCGCCAGAGUCCUGGGAAAUAACAGCCCUCGAUCCCUCGGUCAUGGCACCGACACAUGGUCUCUUGGACGGUCUAUUAGCCCUCGACCCUUUCACACCUGGUGGGCACGGCGCUUUCGAUAUUACCCACCUCGACCAUGACCGCGUCAUCGUCCCCAGUCCAAAGCACAUGUGCGAUUGUGCCCUCCCCCAUGACAUACACCGUGACUACUCGCCGUCGACACCGAGGAGCAUAUGGCGGAUGGCUAACGAGGUGCUGGGAAGUCGGCAGUCGGUCUGCGAGGAUACCUUGCGUCGAGAAGGGAUGGAGAGCGAAGACCUUGCGGUCCGCAUUGUGCUCAAGGGGUGGGACGAAGUCGAAGCGUCAUGUGAGCUGACGCCAUUCUGGAAGCAGCUCCGCCGGAUAGACGAGCUCCAGUUCCGUACUUGUGGCCCCACGGAGAGGCCAUCGCAAGCUUUACCACACUCGUCUGCCAUAGAUUUCUUCGUCUGGCCGGGUGUCCGAGAGCGGUUCGUCUUUUCCCAGCAUCAAUACUGCUCCAACCAUUUCUGGAAGGUGUUCGCCGAGAAUUUUCGGAUAGCGUGGCCCUUUGAGUUCCGGGACUGCUACAAACGAAACAUCCACAGCGGCCAGUACUACGUCUCCCCCGAGUUCGAGAGCCGGAUUGGCGACAUCAACUCCUGGACCAUGACGACCGACUUCUUCCUCCACUUUCCGGACCUGUGCUCCGAUAUCCCUGUGUAUAUGAGCGUGCCUAGGUCACUGGAGCUUGAUAUACACGAUCCGGUCCACUCGGACCACGCCCAGCCUGCGUUACUGAUGUAG